GUUCAUUCAAUGAGCGCUUGAACUGACGCUACGUCAGUAGCGUCGUCAGGUCGUUAAUCGACCUACGUGGCCAAACCUCUUCGCUACAAACUUCUUGCUCGUACUACAUACCUGCCACUCACACUUUCCUCUCAUACAUAUAAUACUCGCCUGUAACUCUCAUUUCCACAAGUCAAUUGAUACCGAUCCAUGAUCCGAUGGGGCCCAUCUUACAAUCGCUGCUUCAGUCCGAACCGCCUCAGUCAUCAUCCGUCUUCAUCUCUACGUAGACUUUGUCCCUGAACCAAACUCGGACUCAAUUAUCUUUCGAUAAACUUAAUCUGUCUAAUCACCAAAGCCUUUGGUGCCUUUGUGCUUGCUUGAUGUCGAUAUUGCAAGUUCUGCGUUGCGCACACUGCAGCACGAGCCACGGUUUGCAGCGAUUCCUUCCAGUUGUCACUGGUACUGGAACAUCCAUUCAUCCAUUCGAUUUCAAACAAGUAGCUCUUACACCUUGCAAUUUCAAUCACUUUACGACUCACUACGCCAAAACAUCGUUUCACGACGUCAUUACUCGCCCUCAAAACAUUCAAGUUGCAGCUUGGUAUUUAAUCCCUAAAUCAGCGUCUUCAGUUAUUCCGUUCCAUCUCACCAUCUGUAUUGUGACCAUCAUCAUUCUUGUGUUAAGAGUGGAUAUAUAUCUGAAGGAAAAAGAAUCAGAUCCUUUGGCUGCACGACACAGCAGGUGUCGGAAAGUGUCCCAUCGCAUUUACCAUGGCAGAAAAAUGAAAAGUCUAAAAGUGACAGAGCAGACGCAUAUAGAGACGCGACUCGCGGGAACAUUCCUCUUCUCCCACAAGCACAUAAAACGGCACACCACCGGUCAUUUCUUUGCGAUGCUUACCUAUCAGCCAGUCAACUGUUUCCCCACCGUCAGGGACCUGAGGCAUGUGGAUAGAGCUGUCCUCGAGGACCCUGCCCUUCUAGAGCCCGACAAGUCUGUUCGUGAUCAGAUGGAUGGAAGGCCCGUUUUUCUGAUCAUUCAGGAGGCUUCAAGGUAGACUACGCGAAUGUGGCAGUCCACCUUUGGUGUUCGUUGUCGAAGUCCUCGAUGAACGCACAUCAGAAACUCGAUCAAUCCGCG